CUUGACUAUUGCAACUUCUUCUUCCUGCUGCUCUGCCAUCUCAUCCAAGUAAGUGAGCAACACAUCCCGGUACCGCCCCUGGCCUUUAUAUUCCUGCACAUCCUCAGGCCAGCUGCGCACAGCACUGGCAAACCGCGCGGCCACCCCAGGCUCACAAGCCAGCUCUUCGACCGGCACAAGAUACGUCCGGAUGCCGCAGGGUCUGGGGAGUGACAAUCG